GUAAUUAAAUAAUAAUAAUAAUAAAAAAAAAAUCUUAAGUCUGAUUUGGAAAGCUGAAACGGUGCAGAGGGUGUAACCGGUGCUGUGUGCCUGUGAGUUGGAGAGAGGGAGAGAGCGGCGGCAGAAAGAGAGGGAGUGAGAGAGGAGAGAGCUAAUGCGAGCCUUGCAGCAGCAGAAGCAGCACAUGCUUACUCGGGGCGAUAGAUAAUGCAUCAUCCCAUCACUCCUUUUAUCAUCGAUACGAUAUAAAGAGCGCGCACAAUACAGACUGGGGAGAGCCGGCCGAUCCCACCCCAAUUAAUCAUCGUCUUCUUCCUGGGAAGUUUGCAGGAUCGCAGGAGUAGCGGCUGCAGCUCGGGGAACACAGCGCUUUGCCCAAGAUCACAAGAGAGAGGGCGGGCAGCACACCAUAGUGCCACCUUAAGAGUGGCAGCCCGAGCGAGCAGGAGAAAGCCUGAGCCGGCCUUUGCACUAGUCGGGCGGAUUUAUACACACACACACACGCACGGGGGAAGCAUUUUCCUGUUUGGCCUCAGAUGCCAAUGUACAAUGAAUAGGUGAACUUUCUGUCCCUUUAGAUGCUGUUCGGGAGAUCGCCGCAAGUCAAGCCAUGAUGUAUUCUCCAAUCUGCCUGACUCAGAAAACGGUGUCACUCAUUAAGGCUCCCUCCCUCCCAACCUAUCUCGGAGACACUAGUAUUUUAUCGAAUGUUUAUGGCAGUCCAAUGCUACAGGACACGUUAGAAGAACGUUUCCCCGCACCGUUCUCCCCAGUGGAUGAAUUCCAUCCAUUUAUCGAGGCACUUCUUCCAUAUGUCCGUGCAAUUGCCUAUACUUGGUUUAACCUCCAAGCCCGCAAACGCAAGUACUUCAAGAAGCACGAGAAGCGGAUGUCGAAGGAUGAAGAAAGGGCAGUCAAGGAUGAACUGUUGAACGAGAAGCCAGAAAUUAAACAGAAAUGGGCGUCCAGGCUCCUGGCCAAGCUGCGCAAAGACAUCCGCCAGGAGUACCGUGAGGAUUUUGUGCUUACUGUAACGGGAAAGAAGCACCCCUGCUGCGUGCUAUCCAACCCUGACCAGAAAGGCAAGAUCAGGCGGAUCGACUGUCUGCGGCAGGCCGACAAGGUCUGGCGCCUGGAUCUGGUCAUGGUCAUCCUCUUCAAAGGCAUACCCCUGGAAAGUACGGAUGGGGAGCGACUUGUCAAAUCGCCACAUUGCACCAACCCUACACUUUGCGUCCAGCCACAUCAUAUAACGGUAUCGGUCAAGGAGCUUGAUUUGUUCUUGGCAUACUACGUACAGGACCAAGAUCUUGGACAAUCAGGAAGUCCAAGCCACAAUGAUCCUGCCAAGAAUCCACCAGGGUACCUUGAAGACAGUUUUGUUAAAUCUGGAGUCUUUAAUGUCUCAGAGCUUGUGCGAGUUUCUCGAACACCCAUAACACAGGGUUCUGGAGUGAAUUACCCAAUUGGAGAGCCACUAAGCCAGCCAUACUACCAUGAUAUGAACUCAACAGUUAGCUUACAGAGGUCAUUAUCCUCCCCACCGAGCAGCAAACGACCCAAGACCAUUUCUAUAGAUGAGAACAUGGAACCAAGCCCAACAGGGGAUUUCUACCCUUCUCCCAACUCACCAGCAGCGGGAAGUAGGACAUGGCACGAUCGAGAUCAAGAUAUGUCCUCUCCCACAAUGAAGAAACCUGAAAAGCCAUUGUUUAGCCCAACAUCUCCACAGGAUUCUUCAUCAAGAUUGAGCAGUUUUCCACAACAUCACCAUCCAGGAAUCCCAGGAGUAGGACAUAGUGUCAUCUCAACCAGGACGUCACCCUCCCCUUUGCCAUUUUCAGCACAAGCAAUUCUUCCUCCUGCCCCAUCUUCCUACUUCUCUCACCCUACAAUCAGAUAUCCUCCUCACCUGAACCCCCAGGAUGCCUUGAAAAACUAUGUUCCUUCUUAUGACCCGUCCAGCCCUCAAACAAGCCAGCCUAACAGCAGCGGGCAGGUCGUCGGAAAGGUGCCCGGCCACUUCACUCCUGUGUUGGCGCCAUCCCCACACCAUGGCGCAGUGAGACCAGUUACCCUAACCAUGACAGACACUAAACCUAUUACUACAUCCACUGAAGCCUAUACAGCCUCUGGCACAUCGCAAGCUAACAGAUAUGUGGGACUGAGCCCAAGAGAUCCAGCCUUCCUUCACCAGCAACAGCUGAGGAUUUGUGACUGGACCAUGAAUCAAAACGGCAGGCAUUUAUACCCCAGUGGCAGUGACGAUACAUUGGGAAUAACUUGGCAAAGUCCUGGUACCUGGGCUAGUUUGGUUCCUUUUCAAGUAUCGAACAGGACAGCAAUCCUGCCAAGCAGUGUCCAGAAUUAUGGACUGAAUUUCGUUUCAGAACCCUUUCUUCAAGCGGAAACAAGCAACUGAGGAGAAUUUUAAAAAAUACAUAAAACUGAACAAAAAGAAGAAAGGACGACAGGACUAAAAAAAUAAAUGAAUAAACUUUUAAAAAUAAUUUAAGGAAGAGAAGAUAAAUUGACCAGCAUUUGCAGCACUUACAAUCACUGAUUCCUUUAACCUUUUUAAGUACUUGCAGGACCUGUGACACAUUGCAAAGCAAUGCUUUUCAGGCCUCUUGAAACAUAAGGGGUUAACGCAGAAGCAGUCAUGACACUGAGAGGGUGGCAAAUAUAUUUUCACAAAUGGGUAGAAUGGAACUCCUGCUUAACUAGCCUUUGUUAUCUGAUGUCUGCUGGGAAAUAGGCACUCUUUCUCCACAACCGUAUAUUUUAUAUACAUUUUCUAGAUGCCUUAAAAAUUGCAUGAUAAGCUAGUCCUGUUUGGUUUUAGUCUUGUUAUUGUUUACGCAUGGGAACAUUUUCCCAGUUUUUCUCAUGAAACAAAGGCUGUGAGGUAGCAACAAAGCUGCGAGAACAGGCCUCAGGGCCUCCCCCCCACCUAAAAAUCUUUUUUUUUUUUUAAGAUUGUCAUAUUUAACAGCAUGUAAACAGAAAACUACAUACCUUUCAAUCACUGAAAUCAGUCAAGAAGAGAACUAAGUUUGGUGUGCUACCUAAUCUGCAAUGUAAGAGAAUCUGUGCCCAUCAAUGUUUUCAUACUCGUACAGGGUUACCAGUUUAAUGAGUCAGAGGUGGAGGUGAAAUGUCUGCACACAAUAGAAUAGAGGCAAGUGCUACUGAGAUAAUAAAUUCAUUAUGGGCCAUUAACAAGAGUCAGAAAGCCCUCAGACUCUAAACAGUAGGGCAUGAAAAAGCUAAUACCUGUUUUGUGGUAGAGGGGACCUAUGUUUUUCUAGGUUCUACCUCUGGUUCUAAAGGUUAAAAAUAGAAACAAGUGUAUUUUAUACCCUCAGUGUAUGAGGGCUAUUUAAAAGUGGCAAAUACGGACAAGUGUUUAAGGGAAUGAAAUGAAUGGAAACGUAGCACUUAUAAUGGUUAGGCUGCCCCUAGGGAUCUGAGUGUUUUAUUUAUUUAUACGUACAAGAUGUAUUGGGAUAAUUGGGUGAGAGUCAGCACUAGUAACAAGUUACAGGCAUUAAGUUCAAGUUUGCAGCUUGCUAAGUGGAAGCAGUCAAAGUAAAACGAACAUGCACUUUUGCUGAAACCUGCCAUUGGAGCUGUGCUGGAAAUAAUGCGCUUUUCAACAGAGAUUAUUACAUGUCAUCAGAUAGAAGAGGCAUCUCUGUUAUAAAAGAACAAUAUUAUUAAUUAAUCUCUCCAGUAGAUCAGAUUUGCAUGGAAAUAUAAUGUCCACUUUACGUGCCUUGCCUUGAAUUAUAAAAAAAAAAAAAAAAAGUGACAUCACUCCACUUCUUUUGCUGCAUUUAUUAUCAUUUGAAAUCGAUACCAUUUUUAUGGCAGAAUAUUUUGUACUCCAGAGGGGGAAAAUAUGUGACAUCCUACAUUUUUUAGACAGUUAUACCUUCUCACAUUUAUAAAACAUAUCAUGGCUAUGUAUAAUUGCCGCUUAAAAAAAAUGUAAUCAACCAGCAAUAUUUUCAGUAUUUUGGUGUUUUUUCUAUUAAUCUUUCAUGUUUUUCAUCUUCCACUUAAUAAUGGGAAGGAGGGAGGGGGGCAGGUAUGGGGUUGAAAUUUUUACGAAUUAUGCAAUACCAAGUUUUGCCUAUGUAGGUAGUGCUUUUAGCAGUAUUUGGUUAAUUUAGGUAAUUUCGCAGAUAAAAAAAAAGAAAAGGACAAAAAAUACAAAAAAUUAAUGUAUGUUUUUUUUCAAUUGACCAAAGUGGGUACUGCUGUUUUUGCAGUGUGAUAAGGUCCUUUUGUGUACUGACAUGAAGAGGGAGUUUUGUUUUUAUAUAUAUGAGUAUAACUAUAUAUAAAUAUAUACUGUGGGAGGGCAAAAUGAAUACUAAGGUCUUUACACUGCUGCUUUAGGCAGCAUGCCCAUAGAAGGAGCCAUGACUGCAAAGCAAUGCUUAAUGGGGUGCCAUUUUUAUUUUCAUGCAAAAUAUUUGUUUCAAAUAGAAUUAGUGACCACUAAAAAUGUUUUAGGAUUUUUUACAAGCACUCUAUUGGUCAGUAGUGCUGCUUCUAAUUCAGUUCUUUAGAUAUGACUCAGUUAACUGAUGAACAGGACUCAACUAUACUGGAGGCUUGUCUCUCCUCCAUUUAUUGAAUAAAUAUAAGGAUACACAAGUCAUAUUGAAUAUAAAUUAGUUAGUUUUUAUUGCUUUUCUAAUACAUUUUAAUGUAUUAUUUACAUUAACAAAUCCAAGACAACCUAGUUGUACAUCGUAUAGCCCAAGAUUAAUUCUAAUUGCUGAUUUAAAUACUUAUAAGGAAACAAGUGGAGCCUUCAUAAUUCUUUGCUAACUAAUUCAUAUUCAAUAUGACUUGUGUAUCCUUAUAUUUAUUCAAUAAAUUGAGGAGAGACGAGCCUCCAGUAUAGUUGAGUCCCGUUGAUCAUAUCAGCAUAAAUAUACUUGUUAUUAGUUCAAGUGCCAAUUACUUUCAUAUCAGCUAGCAUUAUAUAGAGAUUAUAUUUGACUCACUGAAGUGAAUUUUUAAAAAAAAUUGAGUAGCACAGCAAGAACAUGUCCAUAUGCAAACAUGAUCCACAGAGAUAAAUAUCUGUAUACCAGUACUUUUAUUCAUUUGUUUAUUGCACUGGGAUAUAUGUAAGGACAAUCAGUAUUGCACAAAAGCCCCUUUAAAAAGGCAAAAUAUAUUUGAGAAUGGUUUACAUCUUUAUACUUUUAAAGAUGUACAGUAUCUAUUAAUCACUUGGAAUACAUGGUAGAGUGCUAGUGCUUCCACAGCAGUUUACACUAUUUUGGCAUUGAACAUAUUGUUUUUAUUUUCAGGAAAAUGCAGAAAUCAAGGGGAUUAUUUAUUUAAGUCCAAAUGACAAAAAAAAAUUUUUUUUUUUACUAUAAAAUCUGAAUUUUUAAUGGGAAAAAAACUCAAAUUUUUCGAGAUUUAUGAUACUCUGAGGAUGGAAAAAGUCAGAAUCUGAAAAUCCGGCAUCUCAGACCUGCUGAAGUUGUAUUCAAGUCAAUGUGAGAGGUCCCUAUCCUAUUUGGAAGUUUCUGUGGACUGCACUGAAAUAAGGCCAAAAAUCGGACUAUUUUGGAUUUGGAUUUUAGCUCGAUUUUAUCUAGUUUGUCCCCAAUCCAAUUAAAUUGUGCAUUUUUAUUAAAAAAUAAGGUCAAAUUGUGGAUUCUAGUUUGCUCUGAUUUUUUUAUUUAAAAAACUCAGAAAAAUUGGGAUUUUGAUCAAUAAGGCCCCCAUGUAUUCCAACAAAAUUAUAAAAAUUGCUAGGCCCAAAAUAGAUUUUUAUGUUUUAAUUGUGUUGCUCUUCUGUACGUGUAAAUCAGUAAACAUUAUAUAUAACAAUACAGAAACUACCCCAGUUUUAUGUGCACUGUACUGACUCUGAUAUUGCUUUGCAGUCCUGGCCUCUUUGCUAUCACCGCUAAUUUUGUGUGUCCCCUAGUUUGACAUGAACAUUUAAAGGCUUAGUUAAUGAAAGAAAAUAACAGAAAAGGAGACUCUACAUAAAAUCAUGGCAAAACAAUUGAACUGAUAUAUAUAUCAUAUCAAAUAUUAUAGCAAUAUAGCUAUGGGGAAAUAUUCAGCUGGGCAGCUUGGAAAAAAAAUAUGUGAAUAAAUCUGUGAAGCUGUUAAGUAGCGAGAAGUGAGGGUCUUUGUAAUGAACCGUAUAGACAGUUAUUUGUACACUGUAUAGUUUUAAGAUUUUCUUUGAAUUACAUGCGCCCUCAAUUGUUAAGCUACCUUUAAGCAUUUUUAAUGGGAAUAUAAUUAUUUCCAUUUUUAAGUAAACAAGAAUAUUGCUUGUUUUGGAACUGGACUUGGGUUAAAACUCUCUGGUUCCGUAAUUUAUGUAUUAGAAUUUUUUUUUAAGUUUAAAAAAAAAAUACUGUCCAUGCUAGGGAUUGUUUCAGAUCUACCUAUACUUGAAAAGUAUAGGUUACUAAUCAUUUAAAAUGUAAAUGGAGAAAAGUUAUAUUUUAUGAAGGUUAUUUUGUUGUAUUUAGUAUUUGAAAAGUUGGUUUUUUGGAACAUUUCAGAAUGUUGGAAGCUACACUGUCUUUAUAUUAGUAUAUAUGUCCUCUAGCAAACAGAAUUAUGUGUUUGUUACAUGUUGGUAUUUAAGGUUAGGUUUGAAAAGCAUUCAGGAAAGAGCAAAAAAAAGAAAUAGAACAAUACUUUUUAGUAUCUCACACGACCAUGUCCUCAGGGAGCAUAAUUUUGGAUUUGCAACUUUUAGCUUCACAAGGACUCUAUGGAAAGUACAGAUUGUAUCCAUCAGUGACACUACCCAUUUUAUUUUGCAUUUUUGUUAAGAUAGGCUGGUGAAAACAAAACGCCAGAGGGUGACAUUUGGGUAUAGUAGAAGAGUAAGUAUCAGAUCUGUUAGUCUCUUUGGAAUGUGGAUAUUGCUCAUCGCCUAUUACAGCUUGGUUACUUCCAAAAAACGUGAGGGCUGUGUGGGAUAGAAAUGGCUAUAGAAGGUUAUUCAUAUUACUUAUACAUCAUUCAUGGACAAUAAAAUACAAUAUAUAUUUGCUGGCAGUUAGGCUCCAAAAUGACAUCCAGUAUAGUUUACAUGUUCCUACGAGGGUCUUUUGUUAACAUAAACCAGCUUCAUUCUUGCUUCCUGUUUUUUUGUAAUAAAUUCCAUUAAAAUAGAUUUCAAUUUCCAGGCUUCACAAAUCUACCAGAAAUAGCCCACAACAGAACAUUCGACUCCAUUUAUAUUGAAGGAACGAAUGUCGUCCUUCAGAAUUGCACUUUCUGCUAGUUUCCCUUUUUUGUUUUCCUGCUCCCCAACCUAAUUGUAUUGGCCUUGUGGAGCAUUUCAGUUACAGUUUAAAAGCUGGUUUUGCCCUUUGGCCUUUCACAAUGACCUGUGCAUCAGCCAAUCUUAUCGCCAUGACAACCCUUUGUAUUGUUUUCAUGCCACAGCUUUGUUGGUCACAUUUUUAUUACUUAAGGGGGACAAAAGAACUAGCUGGAUACGGUCAAUUUUUACAUUUUGUUUGUUUUGCAAUUUUUGUUUCCUUCAAUGGUUGUAAGUUUUUCUAUGAUAAAGGUUCAAUAGUUAUUACUCUUUAGAAAUAUCUGUGUGUUGCAAUUCAAAUGUAUGAUGAAUUAGUGAAAUAAAGAGCUUUAGUGUCACUGGCUGUGAGUUGUUUGACUUUAUCCUUUUUGUUGUGUUUAUUGCAUGAUAAUUACAAUUUUAUUUUAUCAAUGGCUUUUAUGAUAGGACAUCAACAUCAGCUGGUGACACUAAAACUGUGUUUGUAAAACUUUAUUUUUGAAAGAAUGGUUUUUGGAAUAGUGCUACAGGGACUGAUGUAGCAACAUGUAUCUUAUUUGGGAAGGAAUUUUUUGUGUGUUUUUUUAAGAAGUAUGGCUUAUUAUGCAUUUUUCAUUGAGGGCAUUGAAGUUGCACGGACUGAUAAACGUUAAUGCAAAAUGAGAUAAAAAAAAAACCAGCAAAAUGUUUACCAAAUACUCAAAUUAAGUUAGCAGUGCCUGUUCAAUUUCACAGUCUCUGUUGAGUUCAGUUGUAAAUAUGUUUCAGAUAGCAAUUUCUUCUUCACAAAUAAUUCAAUUGAAAAAAACAAAAAUGUUUCUACAUCAUGUAGAAUGCGAGGGAGUAGCUCAGUCCAAGUACUGGGCUUCUAAAAUUGCUUAAUUGGAUGAGGCAGUCUUCAUCAAGCUGUUUAUUUGUGCUUCUCAUAUAGGACUUUUUGGAAGCUUGGGAGAAAGUUACCCCAAUAUCAAUGAUAUUUCUCUGAGAGCAACCUUUUGUAGGACUGUGUGUUUCUUUAGAUAAUUUAGUACAACUGUAGGUGACUAGUAGUCAGUUUAUUGCUUGCUAGCUACACACCAGGGUUGAUCCAUUUUAAAACUUUUGGCAUAUACCAUUUUAACAGAUGAUCGAUGACACAAGCUGACCUUGGGCAAUAUUUUUAGUAAUUGGCACUUUCAUAUUUAUCAGUGAACCUUAGCCCUUGCUUGCUAAGGAAUGUCUUGAGCACUAGCCCAUCUUUGAAACUCCAAGAGCUCACAUUUAGUUAUUUUAUUCCUGUGUGCUGAGAUAUCUUUUCAGUCAAGCACUUUAUUAAUUCUAUUUGAGAAGAAGUGCAUCUCAAGGCUUACUGAGAGUCUUGAAGUGGGCAGUAUAUGUUUCCAAUGGGGGCCAGUAACACUGAUAUUGAUUUUUCUGGAUUCUUUAUCAUAUGGACUCAUAAUAGAACACAGAGACAGAAAUUAAAAUUUAACAUGGGUACUGAAUUAAGCUCUUCUGGGUAAUUUCUUCAUAUGUAACAAAUUAGCUCUACUUUGCCACAAGUUUUAAACUGGUGUAAAUCAAGCUUGACUUAUGUGAUUGUUACUGUUAUAUCCAGCCUAUACUGCUAGCAGCUGCUCAUACUGCAGUCAAUUACUGGAAGCGGAUAUAUUUCCUAUGCAAAAAACUGUUUAAACAAUAAAUGAGCUAUGCUACAGA